AUGACGAUAGUUGUUCUUCUAUUAUGCCUAAUAACCUUCUCUGUAUACAAAGGAGAAGGAAGACCUAGUGGAAAGGGUGGCCCUACAACAGGCCCGAGUGCGCCAGGAGUUUUUGAUAUUAAUAAAUUUGGUGCUGUGGGUGAUGGCUCCGAUGAUACUUCUGAAGAAGGAGAAUCUACCAAUUCUAUGGCAUUUAUCCAGGCAUGGAGGAAAGCAUGUGAUGCCACCGGGGUAACAAGAGUAGUGAUACCAAACGGGAGGUAUGUGAUAGGGCCAGUGCUAUUUAGUGGUCCAUGCAAAGCACAAGUUACUGUAGAUAUUCAAGGUACUGUGUUAGCCAACACCGAUCUUAGUCUCUAUCCUGAACCAUACUUAAUCAUGUUUGAGAAUGUCAAUGGUGUCAUCUUUACCGGUCCUGGCAUCGUCGACGGCCAAGGUGCAAAAAAUUGGAGGACUAAUGAUUGUUCUAAGAAAUCUGAUUGCGCUCCGCUUCCUACUUCCAUCAAAUUUCACAGGGCGAACAAUAGUGUGGUUGAAGGAGUGAAAUCUGUAAAUCCCAUGUUUUUCCAUAUGUUUGUAAGCAACUGCCACAAUGUGACGAUUCGUGAUGUGAAGAUCACAGCUCCUUUUAACAGCCCUAACACUGACGGCAUUCACAUUGGCAGUUCAGAUCUUGUUACCGUUGCAAACAGCAUUAUUGGCACUGGUGAUGAUUGCAUCUCUGUUGGCCACGGGUCCAAAGAUAUCACUAUCAUUGGUGUCACAUGUGGCCCAGGACAUGGUAUAAGUGUUGGGAGCCUUGGGAAAUACAAGGACGAGCUAGAAGUAGUACGCGUCCUAGUUAAGAACUGUACCCUAAGUGGAACCACAAACGGUGCAAGAAUCAAGUCAUGGCCAGGGAAUAAGCCAAAUAAAGCUUCAGCAAUCAUAUUUGAAGAUUUGGUAAUGGAUCAUGUAAAGAAUCCAAUCAUCAUUGACCAACAAUAUGGCAAGAAAGAAAGUAAAGAGGCAUCUCAUGUGAAGAUUAGUGAUGUGCAUUUCAAGAAUAUAAGGGGAACCUCAGCCACAACUGAGGUGGUUACUUUUGCAUGCAGCCCUGCAUUGCCUUGUGAAGGUAUUGAGGUUGCAGAUAUUAACCUUACCUUUGAUGGAAAAGCAGUCUUGCAUAAAAAGGUUCUUGAUAGUGCCCUUGGUAUGGUAACAAAUUGCCUAAAUGCAAAAGUUGUCUUCACUGGGAAACAUAAUGGUAUUAGCUGCAAAUAA